AUGGCAAGUGUUGUUGUGCUGGUCCUGGCAUUCUUGUGCUUCACUGAAUACCUUAAAUAUGUGACAAUAUUUAUUUCUCAUUUUCCAUUAGGUGCAUUUGCUUUUAAUAUUACAGCAGCUGAUCCAGAUGGUGACCCUUUAAUUUACUCUCUCAGAGGAGAAAAUUCAUUUUACUUCACUGUAAAUCAGUCUACAGGAAUUGUAGCUAUACGAGCUCUCAUGGACAGAGAGGCAAGUUCCAUGACACCACUGAAGCUUGCUGUUUCUGAUGGCAUUCAUACAGAGGUGUCCAAACUAAUACGUAUUAUUUUGGAUGAUGCUAAUGACAAUCGACCUAUGUUUGAUCCUCCUUCAUAUGAUAUAGAUGUACCAGAAAAUACUCGUGUGAAUACAAGUCUAUUUCAAGUGUCAGCCAACGAUCCUGAUAUCGGAUUAGCAAAAAUUGUGGUUUACAAAAUUGACAAUGUAAUACCAAAUGACGGUUUUGAUCUUUUUUCAAUUUCUGAUAGAACUGGUGAGGUCAAGUUGACAGGACAUUUGAAUUAUACAAGCAAAAGCACAUUUUAUCAGUUAAAAAUCAAUGCUUCGGACAGUGGCGGCCUCCUUGAUGGACAAAAUAUUGUUCAGUUCAGUUCUGCCUUUGCUUCUAUUACUGUGAUUGAUGUUCCUGACCUUGAUCCACAGUUUAUAAACAUUCCCUACUCAGCCACUGUCAAUGAGAAUACAGCAGUGGGCCAGACAGUGCUAAAAGUGCAAGCUGUAGAUCCUGACACAGGAGUAAAUGCCACAAUGAGCUACAGCAUUCAAAAAAGUACCACUGUACCUGAUCUGUUUGAGAUCAAUGAAAAUACUGGAGACAUAAUCGUAAAAAACAUUUUUGACAGAGAAAAAUUUUUGGACAUCAAUGCUGCUGUUACACUUCAAGUGCUGGCCCAGGAAACCACACAUAACAUUUAUGGUAUUUUUGCCAGAACAUCAACAGAUAUCCAAAUCAAUAUCGGCGAUAUCAAUGACAACAAGCCUAUAUUUUAUGAGUGUAACAAUGAGUCAUGUGAUCCAGCCUUGGAAUCAACAAACUUUCAUGGAAACAUCAAUGAACACUCUUCUGUAGGCGAGCCCGUGAAUGGCUUGAAUAUUUUUGCACAAGAUUUGGAUCAGGGCACGAAUGCCAAGUUCACCUUACACCUAGGUGGGCCACACAAAGACGCCUUCUCCGUGUUUCCACUCUCUGCUACUUCAGACACUCCAGUCCAGAUCCAUGUCAAAAACCCACAAGCUCUUGACUAUGAGGAAGUAAAAACAAUGAUAGUCAAGGUUGUUGCUCAUGACAGUUCCAACAUGGACUGCUGCUCCACGGCUACAGUCAUUAUUCGGAUCAACGAUAUCAAUGACAACAGCCCCGUGUUCCAGCAUGAAACCUACAAUUUAGAAAUUCGCGAACACAGCCCAAAAGGCACUAUCAUAGACACCAUUACAGCAAAAGAUCCAGAUACAGCAGAUGUGAACAACAUUACAUACAGGCUUUUACCACAGAGCAUACUAAAGUACUUUGAUGUUGAUCCAAAGACUGGUAGAGUUAUAGUGGUAGAUGGAAAACUACUCGACCGGGAGGUCAGUUAUUUUUUUUCAGCAACCUUACAAGCAACAGACAAUGACAACAAUGUGGGUAGAACAAUCCUAGUGAUUACACUCUUGGACAUAAAUGAUAUGACACCACAUAUACCCAGAGAGAUAUAUCCAGAAUUUGUGAAGGAAGGACCAUUUCUCCAGUGGUCAGUACUAAUCCAGGCUACUGAUGGGGACCAAGAAGACAGUGACAACAGUAGAAUUCAAUACAGAAUACAGAGAAGCAAAUUCAGUGACAACUUCACCAUUGAUGUAAACACAGGAUUAUUGCAAAAUAACGGGCCAUUAGACAGAGAGGCAAUUGAUUUUUCAUUUAAUGGGGCAAUUAAAUUAAAUGUGAAUGCUACAGACAUGGGUGUGCCACCCAGAUCUACAGGGGUAACGGUCAUAAUCACUGUAGAGGAUGUCAAUGACAACACUCCUAAGUUUGAACAUAGUACUUACAAAUUCUUUGUCAAAGAAAGUGAUAAAGGAGCAUUUGUAGGCUCAGUAUUUGCAGAUGAUGCGGACCAAACUGUGAUGAACAAUCGUAUCUCUUUCCGCAUUACGGAUGGCAGCUUUGGAAAUUUUCUUGUCAUCACCUCAGCAGCAGAAGAUGGCAGUGGCUACAUUGGCGAUAUAUCUGUGGACCCUGAUGUUGAAUUGGAUUUUGAGCAAGGAAGAAGGUCGUAUAAUCUCAAAAUAGAAGCCACUGAUCUGGGCCAGAAAACGGAUCUAGCUGACGUGGAAGUGAUUGUACUGGAUGUAAAUGAUGAGCGGCCAGUUCUCCCUAAAGGUUUCACACUGCAUGUGCCUGAGAACACUACAGGCCUAGGGGAGGUGGUCAAGAUUGAAGCACAGGACCCUGACACCAACAGUUCUCUCAUCUACGAGUUACUCUCCAUGCAGUGCCAUUGCAAUGAUACAGUGGGUCCCUGUGAUGAAGAAUGGUUCAUACUGGAGUCCACAGGAGCCAUAAUAGUUAAUGAGGAUUUUGUAAUUGAUUAUGAAAUGUGUGACCAAUUCAUUUUUGAAGUUGGGGUUGUGGACAUUUUCACAGAGAAAGGAGAGAAUCACAGUCUUCCAGGAAAACUGGCAAUCAAUAUUAAUGACGUCAAUGACAAUGCUCCCAGCUUCUUGAAACCUGAUGGACUUUUUGUUGUCCUUAGUGAAAAAACUGAACAAGGAACUGUGGUUGCAUCUUUUACUGCAACAGACCUGGAUUCUGGAAACAACAAGGUGAUAAAUUUUGAUGUACUAUCAGUUGAAUUUAUAGAUUCUAAUAAUGCACAGAGGCAAACAGAAAAAAUCUUCAGCGCUGAAGCCACUGCAGUAUUAGAUUAUUAUAAAGGAGAUAUCAGGUGCAUGGGCAGCCUUGACAGUACCUUAAAAGGAAAAUAUCUGGUUACAGUUGAGGCAAAAGAUACUGGAAACUUAUCAGCAAAAACUCAGCUUGAGAUUUACACCAUUGACAAAUCUUAUCGUGUUGGACUUCGUUUUGAGUCUUCAGUGUCAGAAGUCAACACAAACCUCAAUCAAAUUCAGUGGGCACUUUCAGCAGCAACAAAAACAACUGUUCGUAUUUUGGACGUUGUGGCAGAAAGUGUGGAACCGAGAGCCUCAGAGAUAGUUGUUUUGGGGGCCUAUUUUAUACUUCCCAAUGGAAGUGCACUCAAUUCUGACAGUGUUGAAAAGAUUCUGCAAGAAGACCUGUAUCAUGCCAGUAUUCUGCGAAAAUAUGGCCUCACAUACAUUGUGUCUGGUGGCUCUGAGGUCAAGGAAGUUGAUCCUGUGUUCCUUAUAUUAACUGGCUUGGUGGCUAGUCUACUUAUAGUGUUGGUGGUCACGAUAACAUUGCUUGUGUGCACUCAGAGGAGCUACAAGAGAAAGCUGAAGGCAGCCAAAGCCAUGAGCACAGUUGCUAUGAGGACAGAGAACCACACAUCUGGAGCAGUAGUGCCUGGUACAAAUAAAUACUCAAUGGAAGGAGCAAACCCUGUGCUAAAUUUGAACAUUGACAAUAUCACAGACCUGGGCUUUGAUGAAGAGAGUUCCAAUGCUGACAAAAUGAGCCUCAAUUCCUUGGAUUAUAAUACUGAAAUGGACAUGACUGAGAGGGACACUACGCCAAUGAUGAUUAUCCAGGAGGAAGAUGAAGAGACUGCAAACGACCAGUACAUUGAGCCAGUUGGUGCUGCACUAGUACAAGGCACAAGUAACUCGUUUGACAACCCUGCCCUCAGUACCACUGACCUCUCAACAUCGAAUUCCAUUGCGCCCUCCAAGCUUGACUUGAAGCUUCGGGCUCUGGGACUGAACAGCUCCCUUUGCAGCUGGAUCCUGGGCUUCCUGUCAGGCAGAUGCCAGGUGGUCAGAAUUGGCAGCAGCAGCAGCUCAUCCCCAUUGACCCUCAACACUGGAGCCCUGCAGGGCUGUGUUCUCAGCCCUUUCUUGUACUCCUUCUACACCAACGACUGUGUGGCCACACACAGCUCCAAUUUCAUCGUCAAAUUCAUGGAUGACACAACAGUGGUAGGUCUGAUCACCGACAAUGAUGAAACUGCCUACAGAGAAGAGGUGCGCACUCUGACACACUGGUGGCAGGAAAACAACCUCUUGCUCAAUAUCAAAAGACAAAGGAGCUUAUGGCUGAGGAAGUUCGAUAUGAGCUUUAACAUCCUCAAAUCAUUCUACAUCUGCACCCUGGAGUGCAUCCUGACUAGCUGUAUCACUGCCUGGUAUGGGAACAGCUCCGUCCUCGACCGCGCAAAGCUCUGCAGAGAGUGUUGUGGACAGCCCACAGAUGUCAGAGAUGGCGCUUCCAACAGGAGCUUCAGGCGGCCCAAGAAGAGGAUCCCGGACCUCCAGACCGACUGGAAGGUAAGGAAUAUGUGCCAGUCAGACUCCGACCUUCUCCCCUGCAGUGGGCUCACAACUCCCCAGCAGCAGGACACCCGGGUCACAGACGGGCCCUUUCCCUCCUCCAAUGGCCACUAUUGGUGGCUGUCCAUGAGGGAAGAUGUGCAUGAGUACGUAGAGGCCUGUGAAAUGUGUGCCGAAGCCUGGACCCCAUUCAGAAUCCCACAGGUCCCACGGGCUUCAGAGCCGCCACCUCCGGUACAGGUUGAUGGAACUCCGACGUACCAGAUUAAAGAACUCCUGGACUCCUAA